AUGCGCCGCGACGACGAGGGCCAGAGGGUGCUGGAGGUGUUCCAGGGGCUCGGCGCGAGGACCCCCUGCACGACCGUGGGUCCUCCGAAGCCUGGCUCGUCCAGCGACCCAGACAGCCUGGACUUGCGCGGGCCGCACGGCCUCGGGAACCUGACGCUACAGGGCAACGGGUCGUUCCUCAUGAGCGCGCAAGGCCAGCCACUGUUCGUGAUCGAAGGCAACGAGGCCGACCUCGACCUCCGCAUCUCCGCGCGCGAUGGCCGCCUUGUUGGGGCGGUGUCCUGCAAUGAUGCCAACUUCAGCGGGGAGGAACACGUUGAGUUCCGGGUGCUGGCAGGAACAGACCCAGUGAUGGUGGUCUCCUGCAUCCUCGCGGUGCUGUUCCUCUGCGGCGAUGGCCUCGGCCGGGCCUUGACAAUACAGGCUUGA